AUGGACGACCUCUACGACGAGUUCGGUAAUUACAUCGGAGAGGCCGAGUCGGACGAGGAGCAAAAUGACCAGGUCCCGCAAGCUUUCAAAUUCGACGAGGCUUUUGGAGACGAGGAGGAAGAUGAGGAGAUCAAUGAUCAGCAAUUAAUGGAGGUCGAUGAAGGACCUUCAAAUGCCGUGAUCCUCCACGAAGACAAACAAUACUACCCAAGUGCUCAACAAGUAUACGGCGCCGAUGUCGAGACUAUGGUCCAGGAAGAAGAUGCGCAACCUCUGUCUGAGCCGAUCAUCGCCCCCGUUCAGCAGAAGAAAUUUGCGCUCGCAGAGACCGACCUUCCUCCGGUGUAUUUCUCUCGGGAGUUUAUGUCCGACCUUCUCAAUUUUCCGGAACAAAUCAGAAAUGUCGCUGUUGUGGGCCAUCUGCACCAUGGCAAGACCGCGUUUAUGGACAUGCUCGUGAAACAGACCCACGACCUGACGGAGCGAUUACAGAAGCGGAUAGGCAAGCGCAAGGAAGAACAGCUUCGAUACACCGAUGUGCAUUUCCUAGAACGUGAGCGUGGUCUCUCGGUCAAGGCAGCGCCAAUGAGCUUAGUCCUUCCUGGAACCAAGGGCAAGUCCCAUCUUCUCAACAUCAUUGAUACUCCCGGUCAUGUGAACUUUGUGGACGAGGUCGCUGCGUCAAUUCGCUUGGCUGACGGUAUCGUGCUGAUCGUCGAUAUUGUGGAGGGCGUCCAGGCGAAUACGGAGCAAAUCAUUAAGCAUGCUGUCUUGGAGGAUCUUCCACUGACCCUGGUCGUCAAUAAAAUGGAUCGCCUUAUCCUAGAGCUUAAGCUGCCGCCAAAUGAUGCCUAUUUCAAGUUGAAGCAUGUAAUUGAAGAGGUCAAUACAAUCAUCGAGAACGUUUUGCCAGGCCAAGGUGAACGCCGCCGAGUGAGCCCGGAGAAGGGCAACGUUGCCUUCGCAUCCAGUUCAAUGAAUUGGUGCUUCACUCUGCAGUCGUUCGCCAGAAUGUAUGCGGACACCUACCCCCGCCUUGACUCCACUGAAUUCGCUGCUCGACUUUGGGGAGAUAUCUUCUAUAAUCCCCGCAGUCGGAAAUUUACCCGCAAGGGCGUGGAAGAGAACUCAAAGCGUUCCUUUGUCAAGUUUGUCCUGGAGCCAAUUUACAAGCUCUAUUCACAUACACUUAGUGAGAGCCCCGAAGAUCUCAAAGAAACGCUUGCUAGCGUGGGUGUCAGUCUAAAGCCGUCCCAACUGAAGACCGAUGCGAAGGAGCUACUGAACCUGGUUUGUGAGCAAUUCUUCGGGCCUCCCACUGGUUUUGUGGACAUGGUUGUCCAGCACGUUCCUUCCCCAGUUGAUGGGUCUCAAAGACUAUUGGAGCGGUAUUACACUGGUCCCUUGGACUCGAAGGUUGCGUCAUCUAUGGCUUCUUGUGAUAACGAUGGACCUCUCGUCAUUCACGUCACGAAAUUGUUCAGCACCACCGAUGCCACGGGCUUCUCCUCCUUUGGAAGGGUUAUGAGUGGUACUGCCAGACCCGGCCAGCAGGUUCGCGUUCUCGGUGAGGGUUACACCCCCGAAGAUGAGGAAGACAUGGUCAUCGCGACUAUUUCAGACACCUGGAUUGCGGAAACCGCUUACAACAUCUCUACUGAUGGUGUUCCCGCAGGUAAUUGGGUUCUGCUUGGAGGUGUAGACAACUCUAUUGUGAAAACAGCAACUCUAGUGCCUCAGAAGCUGGAAGAUGAUGAAGAACCAUAUAUCUUCAGACCCAUUCGACACAUGACUGAGUCUGUAUUUAAGGUUGCGGUGGAGCCAGUCAAUCCAUCGGAACUGCCUAAGAUGCUGGAUGGCUUACGCAAGAUCAACAAGAGCUACCCCUUGAUCUCCACAAAAGUGGAGGAAUCUGGUGAGCACGUUGUUUUAGGCACAGGUGAACUAUACAUGGACUGUGUGCUUCAUGAUCUUCGGCGGUUGUACUCCGAGAUGGAGAUCAAGGUCUCUGACCCGGUCACCCGUUUCUGUGAGACGGUGGUUGAAACUUCUGCCAUGAUGUGCUACUCAAUCACCCCGAACAAAAAGAACAAAAUAACAAUGAUCGCCGAGCCAUUGGACGAGGGAAUUGCAGAGGACAUCGAGAGUGGCAAGGUCAACAUCAAAGAUCCGAUCCGCAAGGUCGCUCGCUACUUUGAAGAGCAUUAUGACUGGGAUAAGCUUGCUGCUCGCAGCAUCUGGGCAUUUGGCCCUGAGGAGAUGGGCCCAAACAUUCUCCAGGACGACACAUUACCCUCCCAGGUGGACAAAAAGCUUCUAGGAACCGUCCGAGACUCCAUUACUCAGGGAUUUAGCUGGGGAGCAAGAGAAGGCCCCCUGUGUGAAGAACCCAUUCGGAACACCAAGUUCAAACUCACAGAUGUAUCACUUGCUGAUCAAGCCAUCUAUCGUGGCGGAGGCCAGAUUAUCCCCACGGCUCGUCGGGCUGUAUACUCGUCAUUUUUGAUGGCUUCUCCCCGACUUAUGGAGCCGAUAUAUUCCUGCACCAUGACGGGUCCUGCGGAUGCGGUAGCUUCGGUGUAUACCGUCUUGUCACGCCGGCGAGGCCACGUCUUGUCCGACGGCCCUAUUGCCGGAACCCCCCUCUACUCCGUGCGAGGCCUUAUCCCGGUGAUUGACUCGUUCGGUUUCGAGACGGAUCUUCGCAUCCAUACCCAAGGCCAGGCCAUGGUCAGUCUUGCGUUUGAUAAAUGGAGUGUAGUACCUGGAGAUCCGCUGGACCGUGAUGUUCAAUUGAAGCCACUUGAGAUGGCCGGGGCCAUGGCCACUGCCCGGGACUUUGUCCUGAAAACGAGACGGCGCAAGGGUUUAGCAGAGGAUGUGACAGUCAGCAAGUUCCUAGAGCCGGAACUGUGGAAAGGACUGAAAGAGAGUGGUGUUUUGGACUCAUGA